GUACAUAAAUGUGCCAAGCUUGUCAAGCUUUCUAAACCAAACAAUGGGGUCAGCCGGAUUGGCCGUAACUGCACCACCACCAUCACCACACAGCCUUCGUAAAGAAGUCCCAAUCUGGUAUAUUUUAGAUUAAGACCAACUUGGAAAAGCUUUGAAAUCACUCCUCCAUUUUUCUCUCCCUUUCCCUUUCUCUUGUUUGGAGAAUCCGAAAGAAAAGAAACUAAAGCCAGUUAGCUAUGGAUUCCACACUAAAACAAGAUAAAGAAAACAUAAAUCUGAGAAAGACAACUCUCCCUCCGCCACAACCCUAACCAUUUCCUUCAAGAAAGCCCCAAUCUCACCAAACCCUGAUUAAACAAACAUUAACAUAAUUAAAUACAUUUUCUCAUCUCCUUUCCUCUCAUUUCAUUUCCCUUCGUCGGUUAAGUUAGUUUCUUUCCCCCUCUAUAUUGCCCUUUCUCUAUUCCCUUCUUUUUACUCACUGCAUUUUUUUUUUUUUUUUUGUUUCUUCUUCAUGCAGCCUGUUCACCGGAAGACUCCUCUGUUCUCCACCGCAACACUUGCCAUGAAGCACCGCAAGAGCAAUAAUCUCUCCAUAUUCAUCGUCGUUUCUUCUGUUUUGCUGUUCGGGGUUUUCAUGUACAACGAGGAUGUGAAGUCGAUGGCAGAUUUUCCGUUUUCUAGACCCAGAGGAAUCCCGGAGGAAUCCAAACAGGGUGACCCAGUUCAAGAAUCGAUCAAGAACGAGAAAGGAAACGAAAUUCCGGUUAAUUCUCUAACUUCCUUGGAAGAAAACAAACCAGAGAAGAACAUUCCCGAUGAAAUUCCCCAGAAACUACCCAAUGGUACGGAUUCCUCUGUUAUAAAGGAAGAGGAGCAUGAACCUGUCGAGAACGAAGAGAAGCAAGAGAUUGAGUUACCGACGGUUGAAGAAGACGGCGCAGAUGUGGAGUUGCCACCGGAGGAGUGUGAUCUCUUUACAGGGCAGUGGAUUUACGAUAACGAGACGCGUCCUCUGUACAAAGAAGACGAAUGCGAGUUUCUGACGGCGCAGGUGACCUGCAUGAGGAAUGGGAGGAAGGAUUCUACGUAUCAGAACUGGAGAUGGCAACCCAGAGACUGCAAUUUGCCCAAGUUCAAGCCAAGAUUGUUGCUUGAGAAGCUGAGGAGUAAGAGGCUGAUGUUUGUGGGGGACUCGUUGAAUAGGAAUCAGUGGGAAUCAAUGGUUUGUUUGGUUCAAUCUGUGAUUCCUCCAGGAAGGAAAAGCUUGAACAAAACAGGUUCUCUCUCUGUUUUCAGAAUUGAGGACUACAAUGCAACAGUGGAGUUCUACUGGGCUCCAUUUCUGGUCCAGUCCAAUUCCGACGACCCAAACAUGCACAGCAUACUCAAUCGUAUUAUCAUGCCGGAAUCAAUCGACGAGCAUGGAAACAACUGGAAAGGGGUCGACUUUCUGAUCUUCAACACCUACAUAUGGUGGAUGAACACUUUCUCCAUGAAAAUCCUACGAGGGUCGUUCGAUAAAGGGGACACAGAGUAUGAUGAGAUUGAACGGCCGCUAGCAUAUGCAAGAGUGUUGAACACAUGGUCGAAAUGGGUUGAGAUGAAUGUGGAUCCCAAUCGAACCAUGGUCUUCUUCAGCAGCACGUCUCCUCUCCAUAUCAAGAGCUUGGACUGGAAUAACCCAGAUGGGGUAAAAUGUGCUUUGGAGAGUAGUCCAAUUCUCAACAUGUCAAUGCCACUAGAUGUGGGCACUGACCGCAGGCUAUUCAGAAUUGCAGACAAUGUGACUCAAUCCAUGAAGGUCCCUGUCCACUUCAUUAACAUCACCACUCUCUCAGAGUACAGAAAAGAUGCACAUACCUCAGUCUACACCAUCCGCCAGGGCAAGAUGCUCACGCCAGAGCAGAAAGCUGACCCAGCCACCUAUGCAGAUUGCAUUCAUUGGUGCCUCCCUGGGUUACCCGACACAUGGAACGAAUUCAUUUAUACACGUAUCAUUUCUUACUCGUGACACCUACCAAAUCACACGUGCAAUUUAUUUUCUUCAUUUUUUUUUUUUUUUGUCUUUGUUAUUAUUAUUUUUUGUUCCUUCUAAAUUUCUGGUAUUGCUCCAUUGCCUCAGUCAUUGUCUUUUCUUUUAACCUCCUUCAAAUUUCUCAGGAUUUGACGGAUUUUUAACGUGUUAUAGGAUGAAGUAUAUAGGGAUUUCUUGGUUCUUUUCUUUAUUCGUUGAUUACUGGACUGAGGUGGGAGCUAUAGGCCAAAACUAGAUAUCACCUCUCUGAAUUGUAUAAUGCUCAUGUUCAAAGUU